AUGUAUCUCUUCCUAAAGAAGUAUAACUUAAAACUAAAACCAUCUAAAUGUAGAUUUGGCUAUCAAGAAUUAAAAGUGUUAGGCAACAUUAUUGAUACGAAAGGAAUAAGACCCACUCAACAGGGAAUAGAAACUACACAAAAAUUCCCACAACCUAAAACGAUUAAACAACUUCGCAGUUUUUUAGGUCUAGCUAAUUAUUUUAGACGUUUUAUUUCAAAAUUUAGUAACAUCGCAAAACCUUUAACAGAUCUAACUAGAGGUAAACUCAAUAACAAACGUUCACCCAUCAAGUGGGAAAACACACAUGAACGUGCUUUUCUUGAACUGAAAAGUGAAUUAACUAGUCAGCCAGUAUUAGCUCACUACGAUGAAAAUGCAGAAACUAUAAUUCUAACUGACGGUUCUAAAUUGGAUUUAGGUGCUAUCCUCCAGCAACUUAAUAAACUUAAAGUUAAACUAACAGGUUUUGAUAAUUCUAUAAAAUAUAAAGAAGGAAUUUUUAACAAAGCUGCAGAUUGUCUUAGUAAAAUAAUAGACGAACCACCAAAACUUUCUGAAUUUACAGAGCUUUCAAAAAUAGGCGUGCAUACAAUAUUGCAACAACUCAACGUAAAUUUAGUACAACCAAUUAAUAUCCAAUUAGAACAAGCUUCGGAUAAUUAUUUACAAAAUAUCAUAAUUGCAAUUAAAAAUCCAAAUGAAAAUUGUCAAAAACGUAAGCCUUUUAAACAACCCAAACCGCCUAAAAUAGGAAUGUACCCACUAGAAAAAGGGGAAAUUUUGCAAGAAAUAUACUUGGACUAUAUUGGGCCAAUUAGUAAUUCAAAAUCUAAUAUAUACAUUCUAGUAGCGACAGACAAAAUAAAUCUUAUAUUACGUUUUGGAUGUAUGCGUACUAUAAAAAGCGACAAUAGAACACAUUUCACAGGUAAAACAGUUAAACAACUAUUAGAAUCAUUAAAUGUAGAUCAGAAAUUCGGCGUAACCUAUCAUCCAACAUCUCAGGGCCAAGUAGAGUGUCAAAACUAA